AUGGCAGAGAAGUCAAAACCCAACAUAGUUUUCAUCAUGGAAACUAAGCUCAAUAAUAAGAAAUGUGAUCGAAUAAGGAGAAGACUUAGGUGUGAUGGAUGUUUCGGAGUGGAGGCAGUUGGUAAAGGGGGAGGUUUGGCUCUGUUGUGGAAUGAUGAAGUGCAAUUGGAAAUUGUAAAUUAUUCUCAAAGGCAUAUCAAUGCAUGGAUAGGAGGGAAAGAGGAAUCUCAAUGGUUGUUAACCUGUUUCUAUGGCCCACCUGAAACUGUUAAGAGGAAAGAGGCAUGGAGUUUGCUUAAAUCCAUGAAACCCAAUGGCAAUGAAGGCUGGUGCAUAGUAGGGGACUUCAAUGAGAUUAUAACUAAUGAUGAGAAGUGGGGAGGAAAAGCUAGACCUGAAAACCAAAUGGAAAUGUUUAGAGAAUUAAUGAGAGAUGGAAACCUAUUUGAUUUGGGAUGGAGGGGUGACAUGUACACUUGGAGCAACUCCCAUACAUAUGCAACCUUUACUAAAGAAAGGCUUGAUAGAGUCGUGGCGAACCCUCAAUGGAUGAACUUUUAUUCUGAGACAUGGGUGGAAGUGUUGGUGGCUAGAACUUCUGAUCAUAAGCCACUACUAGUCCAUAUUAAUGUGCAGAAUCCUUCAACAAGGAUGCAAGUAAGGCAGAGGAAAAAGGGUUUCAAAUAUGAGGCUUGUUGGGCCUUAGAUGAGGAAUGUGAAGUGGUUUUAAAAGAGGCCUGGACAGGUUUCUCAAAGGUUAUUGGGUUACUGAAUAAUAGCAGGAAAGCUCUUCUGAGAUGGAAUAAAAACAUAAAGCAAAGGCAAGGGCAGGAAGUAGAGGAGAAAACCAAGAUCUUACAGAAUUUACAAGCUAUGGAAAAUGGGAGUAAUGUGGAGGAAAUCAGAAAAGUCACUAAAGAGCUGCACCUAGCACUAGAGAAGGAGGAUCUUUGGUGA